ACGUUCCAGAGUGGUGAAGGAAAUGUAAUUACAAUGUGGAUAGAACAUGAACUGCUACUCAACUAUUAAAGGACACUCUAGGACAUAUUUUAUCUUGCUGCUGCAUGGAAAACCAUAGACAAACCUUUAGGUGGCCAGAAACAGAGUUAAAUAUAUCAGAAAUCAGUGUUUAAUUUUUUAAACAGUAUAAGUAACUUACUGUAGUUUUAAAAUAAACAUACACGUUGACUGCUUUUCUCCUCCCUGCCUAUAAAUAACCAGUAGCAACUCUUUUCAGUCCUACAGAAACGUUUACCUGUAGUUCUGAUUAAAGUUGUUGCACAAAAUUAAUCGCCUGUUUUAAUAUUUUAGCAUUGUGACUGACAGCGUAAACUAUUCAGGAUAGGGACAUGACAUAUCUAGAGGCAUUGUAAUUAACACAACGAGGCCUCAGAUCCAAUUCAGGCUUCUUGGUGCUCCUACAGCCGAGCGAAUAAAUGACUUUACAUGAUUUCUAUCGCAUAAUCCAUCAGUAUGGAUGAGCGGUACCGGACUUCCCGCUUGUUUGUUGACUAGGUAUCCUUUUGGAUGGAAAACCGAGCCCGAAGGAGGGCUGGCAUUGAUGCACCUGGUGGUAGCGUGCCCCCCGUCAUGGCCCAGCGUGAGGAGCGCGCAUCGGUGCUGUGGUGCUGGUGCAGCCACUGCUCCCAGCCACGCACUGGUGAGGCGUCCGGCCCCCGGGGGGGCACCAGCCCUGAGCUGCCCACCUGAGGAGACCAACGUUUCCUUUCUUCCCACACCAAAGGUUAUUCACCCCAAGCAAUAAAAAGUUCAUUUCUUGACUGCCAUAACGUUCACGUGAAUUGAAAUCCCUUUGUGGGGCUUUUCAGAUUUUACCAGACACACCUACUCAUCUGCUCGGAGCAGCACAAUAGAAAUGUUGUAAAACACGGUAAAUUUUAUUUAGCUGGCUAUUCACUGUUUCUUUCUCUCUGAAAAGGCGGGUAUCGCUUUACGCGCACACUGUAGGCAUCUCCACGGUACCCACCAACACCCACGCACAGGCGGGGACGCUGGACGGGCCGCCGAACUGUGGGUGCCCCACGCCCCGGGGCAGGUGAGCUCCGGGAGGGCAGGGCCGGGGGGGCCGCAGUGGGGCAGAGCUGCCCCGGGCUGAGGGCGGCGCGGCGGGGCCGCUCCCGGCGCCGGGGGACAGGCCGGGAGCCGUCAGGGAGGCCGGCGCUGAGGGCGCUGAGGGAGCGGCGGGCGCGGAGGGGCGACCCCCGCCGCUGAGGGGCUGCGGGGCAGCGCGGCGCUGCCUCCUCUCGCCCGCCCGCCGCCCGGGGCGCUGAGGCGGUGGCCGAGGCGGUCGCUCCCCGCAGCGGCCCCUCGGCCCGGCGCAGCCCGCAGCGCGCGCCCCCCCGGGCGAGGGGCGGGGGCGAGCACUGUCCCGGCCGGCGCUGAUCUUACGCUCCCAUUGGCCGCUGUCUGCGCUGACGUCACGAUCAUGAUGAGAAUUAAUGAUCGGAGGCGCUGAUUUCAUUGUGUGACGCCGGGACCGACCCAGCCGAAACCGGCUGAAUCCGGAGCCCCGAGCCCCCCGGACCAGCCCCGCACAGCACGAUGAAUCUGCGUUCUGUAUUUACUGUAGAACAACAAAGGAUAUUACAGCGUUAUUAUGAAAAUGGAAUGACAAAUCAAAGUAAAAAUUGCUUUCAGCUCAUAUUACAGUGUGCACAAGAAACUAAACUGGACUUCAGUGUAGUCAGGACGUGGGUUGGCAAUAAACGAAGGAAGAUGAGCAGCAAGAGUGCUGUAGAAUCUGGAGGCACUCCCCCAGGGACUGUCUCUACUACUCCCUCAGUACCUCCAGAAGCAGCAGUUAGAAAUGUGGUAAAUAUUGCUCGAUCCCAAAGUCAGCAGUCUUCUUGGACCUCUUCUAAUAACGAUGUAAUAGUUACUGGUAUAUACAGUCCUGCUAGUUCAUCCGGUAGGCAAGGAUCCAGCAAACAGACAAAUGCUUCAAUGGCAGAAAUACAUAAAACCUCUAUUCCACGACUGCCAGGAAAAAGCGAUACAGAGUUUCAGCAGCAGCACAUCCCUAUAGGACGACAAGUACCCCAUUGUAAAAAUGCUUCCCUAUUAGUAGGGGAGAAGACUAUUAUUUUAUCUAGGCAAACAAGUGUAUUGAAUUCUGCGAACUCCAUAUACACUCACACUAAAAAAAGCUAUGGUGGUUCAUCAGUCCAGACUGCAGAGUUGGUGUUACCUCAGAAACCCAUGAUAUGCCACAGACCCUGUAAAGCUGAACCCGUGGGAUGUCAAAGGUUACAAAAACCGGAACAUGCAGCUCUCGCAUCGCAUGUGCCCCCUGGACAAAGGGCUAAUACCAGGGACCCUUCUUGUAGCACACAAAACCUGGAAAUCCGCGAAGUGUUUUCUCUGGCAGUUACAGAUCAACCUCAAAGAAUUGUAGGAGGAAGCGCCGUGCAGAAGCAUUGCUCAGUGGAAGGCAGCUGUCUGUCCAUCGCAAUGGAAACUGGAGACGUGGAUGACGAAUAUGCUAGAGAAGAAGAACUGGCAUCCAUGGGAGCACAAAUACAAAGCUAUUCGAGAUACUGUGAAAGCAGCAGUUCUGUUCGAGUAGAGAACCAAAGCGCAGCCUUGUCUGGGCCAGGAAGAAAUGUGAGCUGUAGUUCACAGAUGGUGAAUGCCAGGGACGUGCCUGACAAUAUUCUGUAUCAUAACAGAGACUACCACUUGCCAGCACGGACCUCAUUACAUACAGCAUCCAGUACAUUAUAUAACAGUGCUAAUCCAUCAAGAAGUACCUUUUCUCCUCAUUUUACAUCUUCAAGUCAACUGAGGCUGUCACAAAACCAAAAUAAUUACCAGAUUUCAGGAAACCUUACUGUGCCUUGGAUUACAGGUUGUUCCAGGAAAAGAGCAUUACAGGACCGCACACAAUUUAGUGACCGAGACUUAGCUACCCUAAAGAAAUACUGGGACAACGGCAUGACCAGCCUGGGCUCAGUCUGCAGAGAGAAAAUUGAAGCUGUGGCUGCAGAAUUAAAUGUUGACUGUGAAAUAGUGCGGACUUGGAUUGGGAAUCGAAGACGGAAAUAUCGUUUAAUGGGGAUUGAGGUCCCACCCCCUAGAGGAGGUCCUGCUGAUUUCUCUGAUCAAUCUGAAUUUGUUUCUAAAUCAGCACUUAAUCCAGGAGAGGAAACUGCUACUGAAGUGGGGGAUGAUAAUGAUAGGAAUGAUGAAGUAUCAAUCUGCUUAUCUGAAGGAAGCUCACAAGAAGAGACAAACGAAGCUCUUCAAAAUGAAGAAAUCGGUCACAAAGAUGAUGACCAGAAUCCAGUAUCUACUGAUAAUGUGAAAAUAGAAAUUAUAGAUGAUGAAGAAAGUGAUAUGAUAAGUAAUUCUGAAGUGGAUCAAAUGAGUUCUCUUUUGGAUUAUAAGAAUGAAGAAGUCAGAUUCAUUGAGAAUGAGUUGGAGAAUCACAAACAGAAGUAUUUUGAACUACAGACGUUUACUCGGAGUUUGAUACUUGCUAUUAAAUCAGAUGAUAAAGAACAGCAGCAGGCACUGCUCUCAGACUUACCUCCUGAAUUAGAAGAAAUGGAUUUCAAUCAUGCAUCCCCAGAGCCUGAUGAUACCUCAUUCAGCUUGUCAUCUUUAUCAGAGAAAAAUGCCUCAGACAGUUUGUGAUUUAUUUUUUUUUAAUUGACAAAAAAGAAACCCCACAUAAUGUGUAGGUUUCAAGAGAACGACAUUUUGCUAUCCAAUGUUCUUCAGUCAAAAAAGGAAGCCCAAGGUUAAGUAAACUUUCCUGAAGGAUGACUGUAGUAUGUCACGGCUACAGUUUGCACUGUCAAGAAAUUCUGAAUGUUUUUGGUAAAUGAAAGAACUGUGUGAGGAAAGGUUUCACUUUUAGCCAUUUGGCCUUGAUUAGGAUAAUUUCUGACUUUCCAGAAUAACUUGCUCUGUAGCAGUCUUUUUGAGCAGGGAUCCAAGAGUGGAAAACAAAUGUCCUGUUAUACAGACAGCUAAUUCUUCAGAGUUGCUUGCUCACCAGUCCUGUUUAUUAUUUUUUCCCCCAUUUUUACUCAGGUAGGUGGACUAAAAAUUUGGGAUCCAAAUAGAAUAAUGGGCUUUUUAUGAGUUGUGCUUGAACCCUUUUGAAAAUCUGAAAUUAAACUGAAGUGUUUUUCAUUAUGUGACUUCAGAUUGUUGAAUCUUCCAUUUUCUGACCAAAUCAGCUGAAAAAACUUUGAUAGGCUGACUGAAAAAUUUGAAUUAUCGUCAAUAAAUUAUUAACGUAAAGAAGCAGUCAUAAGUGUUGUAACAAAUUAGGUGGAUUUGGGAAACCUGAUAGCUGCAGAACACAACUUUCUGAUUCUCUCACAGUAGCAAUGGGAUUAGAUGUUUACACUACUAUUUAGGGUUUUAUGAAUGUAGUUACAGUUUUUAUUUGUCAAAGUCUGUAUGCUAAAGUUCUGUUCAUUGUUUCCAGUAUUGGUUAUAUAUUUUUUCACAAACUCCACUCCAUUUUAUGAAGACACUGUCAUAAAUCCACAGCUGUCAUUGCAUCCUGAAAAAUAUUCAGGUGUUUGCAAUUGAGUUUUGCAGAUCUUCUAAAUGUGACCUGUUUUUGAAGUAACCCUGUCUGACAAAUUUUUUGGCAAAUGCCAGCUGCCAUUUCUAAACUGUGAGCUUGAUUGCAGGCAGUGGCUGUAAUGAAUUUCUUCUUUCCCAGCUGUUGUUGACAUUGAAUCCCUUUACUCAUCUGAUUAAAUAGGUGUGCAGAUACAUUCAGAUAAAUUUAGUAGCGCAUGUAGGUGCAUGCCCAUAUUAUUGAUUCUCUAUGACUUCUAAUCUGAAUAUUCCUCAGCAAGCGUUUUUGAAACAGAUACCUUCACAGUCUGGUUAAAAGCCUGAUCUUUCAAUUUUAUGCCAAAUAAUAAUUGACUCUGGUGAAUCCUUAUUCAUGCAGUACAGUACGUAAUCACCUUAAUUUCAGUGGGAGGUCUAAGGCAUAGCUCAGAAAAUCCAGGGUGUUGGGGAAAUAACACGUCUUUUUUUCUUUAACACUGGGAUUAACUCAUGAUUUUAGUUUUUUUUCAGUCUGGUCUGUUCCUCCCUAAUCACUUCUAGAGCUUUAUUUUUUUUAGUAUUGGUGGUGAGCUCUGUUCUUUCAGGUUUUUUCUGUCUCUGUCUUUUGGCAUGAGGAGCUUUUCGCAAUAUUGUUAAAUGCCAGGUGCAGAAAGGAUAGUAACGGUUUUAAAAUCUGUUUCAAAAAACAAAACCAAACAGUUUCACCGUUCUGACUACUAUACAAUUCAGUUAGUUCCCAAAAGACCUCUUACCAUCUAUUCUACAGAGUAACCCCACAAAAGCAAGCUGUUGGGCCUGUAUUUGAGUUCAGGCAUUAAAACUGAGUGGAAUCCCAGGAGAGAGGGAAGGCACUCUGUGUAACCAGGAGGUAAGUGGUAGGCUACUCAACUUGUCCCUGCCUGAGCUGAAAUGUCACAUCCUGGGUGGCAGACACGUCCUUACAGCCUUACCCAUAGGAGGAGCAGUAUUUUACAUGCCUGGUGAAAUGACCACCAAUCUAAAAUUAAGGUUUGAGAGCAAAGGCCACAAUACUAUCUUUCAAACGUAAGAUAAAGCUCAACUGUAAUUCUGCUCUCUCUGAAAAAUAAUUUAUAAAGGGUUUUCUCUACUGGGUUAACAAUGCUUUCUAUUACUGUUCUCUCCAGAUAGGAAAUUUGUGCCACUGACAAUGAAACCACUUGUUUUCUGUGAGCUUUGCUGAAAUAAAAAAAAAAAACAUAGUGCUGUGAUUUGGCACUAUUUGGACCCUAUUUUCCUGCUGCUUCUACUUAAAUUCACAUGACAAAAGGCAGGAUACUCUUAAUAAGAGUUCUUGAUUUCGUGGUGAAUUAAGUCAUCCACCUUUAUCUAAGAUAAACUUGAAUUGCUGAUUCAUAUUUUGCUAUGUCUUGCUUGCUAUUUCAUAUGCCAAGCAAAUUGAAGGAAUUAGUCUUGAAUCAACUACUCCCAGAUUCAAGCAAUUCUCUAAGUCCCUUUUCUCAAGGAAGCUGGAAUCCUCUUUAGGAUGUGCAGCUGAAACUCCAGCUGCAGCCAACGCCCCCGUCAUCCCCAGGGGCGUGUUUUUCUUUGGCCCUUUUCUCUUGUAGGGUGACAAGACAAAACAUAGCAAAGUACUUAUGUUUUCAUACCCUGAAACACUUGACAAUAUUACAGGAUAUUCAGGAAGAAAGAGUAUAAAUUGUAUUCCUGUAUAACAAAACGCUCUAUAUAGGAUAAUACUGUACAGCUCUUCUGCGGGGUUUUUUCAGUAUCAGUGUAUAUUUCCUGCCAUAUAAAAACCAAAAAUUUUAAUGAUAUAUUACCAUUACUGGUAUUUGAAACCAUUGCAGCAACAAUAGUUCUGCAGUACAGUGGCUGAGGAGCAGCUUAUGAGGUCAUGUAACAUAACGCUUAAUCAUCUUUGAGAGUUACGAAGAUGCAUACCCAGGUAUCGCACUUCAGCCUAGCACUGCACAUGUGCUUUGUAGUUUGGGGGGGGGAGGGGUUGUUUGCUUGUGUCCCUAACAGGCAAUGCAAUGUGCUAAUUGAGUUUGCAGAUUGCAUCCUGGUCCGUGUGACUCAUUCAGCUGGACCUUAGAACAGUAUGAGAGAAUCGGGCAUGUUCCUUUCCAGCUUCGUCUCAGUCGUACUGACAGACAGGCGUCGCGUUCGGAUACGCGGUCACCAGGACACUCGUUUCCUGAUGAAACCCUGAAAGUUCCUCAGAUGAUGGAAAUCCCAUGUGUAGGCCCAUGGCACGAUAAGAGCUGGUUUAAGGUUAUUUCUUCUGUUCGUAGGAUGAUAACAAAAGCCCACAUUAAGUGCUAGUUCUUCAUUUGCAUAGAGUUUUCAUGACAUAUAAAGCUAAUAUCGUGUUGUGUAACAAUGACAGAAAUUAGCCCCCCCUGCUAUUUUGGUGGUUUGGCUCUGUAAUACGAAUAACUGCUGCAGCAGAAGUGCUACAUACUGAUGUUUUUAUCAUCUUUCUGCUUUGUCCGUGAAAGAUGACUUCCCUGGCAUUGUUUAUUCCUAAUGCAUCCAUCGGAACGUGAAUGAUGAAGUAUGUCUGUCUGAAGAAACCAAAGUGGAAAAAGGUAGUUCAGAAGAGACACUUUAAACCAGAGACAGGACUCUCUCUCUCCUUAGGGAGCAAUGAAAGUCUUUGAUGCUAGCAAGCUUGCUUAUAGUUAAGCAAGCUGUUUCCUGAAGCUAUGCCUCCUUUCAUUUCCCUGCAGAUGAUGCUUCUGUCAAGUCUAUAGGUCUAACAGAAGUGAGUAACAGUAAAUAUUCUAAUAGUUGAAAUUUUGGCAGAUUUAAAAGUACACAAAUAGAUGUACCAUACAAGUGUCGAUUUUCUUGAGUGCUUGGUUCUUGAAGCAGCACUGCACUUUAAUCUUUCCAAGUAUUUCUUUUUCGCUAAGGCAAUAAAGUCUGAAAAUGACAAGCAGAUCGUGGGCUUUGCAGUCCUCUGAGUAAAAAAAGGAAGGUACCAGUUAUAUCUUCGUCUUUUUAAAUUGGGAAGUAGCUUAUCAAUUCCUUUCACCAAACAGAGACAGCUAUAUCUACUGUUGUGGUUAUACAGUUGAAAGGGUAGGACAAAUCAACAGUAUCGUGCACAUCCUUAUUCUGGAAAUGGAAAUUACUGCUUAAAAUCAACCAGCUAUCUGAUUUGGGAUCUCUGUUGCACUACCAUGUUAGUAACAUUAAAAAGAAACUCAUGCACAGCACUAGCUUUUCCCUAGGUACUCUAGUCGUAGCUGACUGUUGGUCUCAGGAUACUGAUAGCAUAAGGAAAGACAAUAAUAUGCAUAAACAGAAUAGCACAGAAUAUCUGAAACAUGAAGAAUUCGUAACUUUUAACGUUACAACCAAAAGCUUGAUUUACUACCUCCAGUCCCGCUGCCCAGGUCCUUCAGGUCAGACAGUGAACUACGGAGCUGCUUUAUGUGUCGGAAGGACUGGCAGCUGUUUAACCUUCAACUUGCAUUUCAAAUUCUGCCUUUUCUGCCCCAGAUCAUCAGAAGGUCGAGUAAAUUGCUCAGUUGUGAGAUGCCCGAUCAAAGUUAGAGGGUGGUUAGUGAGAAAGCUCUAGCUAGUUACUAGAAAAAACAGAAGCUGAUUUAUGGAGUUUGAUUUCUCUACCCAAUUAGUAGUUUAGUACUGUGGCCAAAUGCAGAAUCUUAAAAGUUGCAAGCAAAAGAAAGAAUAAGCAGUACUACAAAACUGAGUUUUUCUAUGGCAGAAUAGGGGUUUAUUCUGACUAAAGAGUAUUUAUUUGUCUCUGAAAGGCACCAGCUGACAUUUUGGUCAGAAGAAGACAGACACAAAUGGGGCAGAAACUUGGGCUUGUGGUGGUUGCUCUUGUUUUUUAACAAAUAAGCAAUCCUCUUCAAUAAAAGAGAUGCUUAAGAAUGUUCCCGUAAGGAAAAUGGUUUCAGGUCAGUGCUUUGGUUCUGGUGAACAUUUUACUGUAUUACUGAACUAAGUCAAUAAUUCUUUACAAAUUCUGUAUUACAUUUUACACACACUACCUCUGAAACAUGACACCACCUUUAAAAUCACACAGAAAAUGUGAACUUAGGCAUUUUUUUUUAACAUUUUAUAGGCAAUAAAUUAUUCCAACAUGUAUCCUUCAAUUUUGUGCUUGUUUUUUAGUUAAGUGUGAGGCAUUCACUUUUUUAUUUUAGUACUACUUCUAUGUAUUUGUCUUAAACACAGUAUAUGGACAAGGAAAUAAUAAAGAUGUGAUAUUAGGGAGAAAAAAAUUAGCAUAUGUUAGUAGUAGUAUUUCUAUGAAAGCUGAAGGAUGGUGUAGUAAAUGGGCUCGCUGUGCUAUUUUUGGUACAGUUACUUUAAGGAAUGGAUAUUAUCCUUUAUUCUGGUACUAAAUGAUUGUUGUAACAUUUCUCAAUACAUCAUAGGUUAAUUUAUCAGAACAGUCAAUAAGUCUCAGCAAUGUAAUGAAAAGGAAUAGGAUUUUACUUUUUCUGAGACAUAACAGUUCAUAAAUAUGUCCUCAUAUUUUUGUCAGCUAUUGUUUCUUUUUUUGCAUAACUAUGUAUAAAUUCCUUGCAGAAACAAUUUUGAUUUGCUUGUAAGCAAGUACUAAAUGAAAAUGAAUCAGUAGCAAGCUAAGGUUUAAGUGUAAAUGUAGAUCAUGUUUUGUAGUCCAGUUUCAUCUUAAAAGAGUCCCUAUAAUUUCCCCCUUUGCAUCUAUGUCUCUGAAAUAUGUGAGGGGAGGUUGACAGAAGGUUCAAGCCCCUUCAGCCUGGGGAUAGGGGAGGGAAGGAGACACAAGGAGGCAUCUCGGUUGAAUAGCAGAAAUUAAGAUCCUGGAGUUUUAUCCAAGGAAAUUACAAUAAAGUAAAAAAAAGUUCUAUACCUUGGAAGUCAAGAUCUUCUACUUUGUCUUCAAAUUUUGUGAAAUACAGUUCAAAAAGUAAUAGGCAAAUCCACUGAAUUGCGUUGGGGAAAACUCGUAUUCUCAAAUGAAAAUUAUAUGAUUUCUAUGAUUAUUUCUAGAAAUACUGAGUGUGUAUGAAUACACAUAUGCAUAUUUAUAAUGUGCACAGAUACACUGAACUUGAUCAUCAUAUGUGUCUACAAAGGUAUUUUCACUUAAAAGAUUAAUGUAAUUCUUCUGAAAUAUAUUUUAUUUGCUCUCGUUUUUAUGUCUUGCUAUAUAUUGAUUACAUGGUUUUGAAAUUUAGUCAAAUACAUCCAUACAAAUACUGUUUAUAGUUUAAUUCCUUGCAAAACUGGUAACUUCUAGGCUUGGAAAUUUAUUAAAAUGCCCAUAAUAAUGGUAUUUCUAAGUCAUCUUGGCAAAUCGAAAAACUGCUGUAUUUAUGAAGGGGUAAUGAGUCUUCUGCUAUGAUAAUUUCUGAUUUAGUUUCACUAAAGGUAUGAGUUUGAUUAAAAAAAAAAAAAAAAUCCGAAAGUUUAAAUACUAUUGUAUAACUUCAAUGUUUUCCUUAGACUACAAAACAUAAGAUAAUUGAUGAUCUUAAAACUUGUAUAAUUUCUUUCUGGGCUGAUUCAUUACACUUUAUAACCUGAGUGUAUUACUGAGUUUCUCUGUGAAAGUCAAUAUUUAUAUUUCAUUUUUAUUAUUUGUAUCAGUAUGUGUAGCAAAGAAACUACUACAGAUCUUAAACUGAAGUACCUCCACGUGGUCCAGGACAUAGGAUCUUGGUUUAUUUGAAAGAUGGAUGCCUAGUGAAAUACUCCAUACAUUUGUAUUGAUUUCUUUUUUCUGUAUAUAUAAGGGUAUUUAUAAUUUUGUGUUAACAGAGUCAUCAUGAGAAAUGCUUAUUUCCUUCUUUAGAAGCCUGCUCAGCUAUUUUUAUAUAAAAUGUUGGUCUUUGCCUUAAUUUUUUUUUGUGAAAAGUUGUGCCAUAGAUAUUUUAACUUAUCCACAGAUAGUUUACAAAAUUUGCUUUCUCUUAGUUAACUAUUUUUUUCCCCAAAUUGUUCUAAAUUGUUUUCUCCUCCAAAUGUGUUGUUUUCUCCUCCAAAUGUGUCUCAAGCUUGUUUUGCCUUUUUUUUUUUUUUUUUUUAAGUUUGGAAGAUACAUUCGUAUGCAUGCUUUGGUAGGUCAAGUUUUUCCUCUGUAGUUUAUUGUUUAUAGUUUAGCAAAACCUUUCAUUGACAAAAAAAAAAAAAAAAACAAAAACAAAAAAACAACAAACUGAAGUAAUGCUUGUACAAAUGUAUCUAGAAUGGCCCAAAUGGUCAGAGUAAAGGGCUAUUUAGCAUUGGUAAAUUUGUCUACUAGACUUUCAAUGAUAUUUUUUUACGUCUGUCAAGUUUGGGACUAUGGAGAAAUGAAAUAAAGGUUAACUAACUCCUUUUCCUA